AUGACGCUAACAGCGACUCAUUCCCCAACCAAAACCGAAGUCAAUCUUCAAAGACUUUUGGCAGUAUGUGAAAAACAAGUUUCUGAAGAAAAUGGCUUAAUACGUGGACCCGAAAAAAUGAAAUUCAUUACAAAUAUAAAGUACCUUCGUAAAUUGUUAGAACAAAUAGAAAAGGAUGCCGAUUAUCAGGUUGAUAAAACAGCCACUAGCGAGUACGCGCGUAAAAUUCAGAGAUUGUCGGACGUAGUUGAUGAAUUUAAAUUGGUAUCACCGGUAACUCGAGCAUUUUCACAAGCGCGUCUUGUUAAACAUGCGCAUCAAUCUCAAGAAGAGAAAAAUAAAGAAAAUCAAUUAGAAUUAAAAAUGGUUAGACAGGCUGAAAAAGAAUUAAAGGAAGAACUUAUGCAGCCACCCACACACCCACUUAAUACUGAACCUAAUGAUAUUAAAACAUACACCGAAAAAAGGAUGGAACUAUUUUCUUCAGAUGUUUCGGGAUCAGAUACAAGACAACGAAGAACUUUUGAACAUGAAGACACGUCAAAUAUUGAAACUGUUCUACAACAUCACCGAAAAACACAAGACGAACUUACAAGUGAGUUAGUAAAAAUGGCAGGAAAGUUAAAGAUGAAUUCGAUGACGUUUGGCGAUAUAUUGACAAAAGAUGAGAAGAUAAUCGACGAGGCCCAAAGUAUUCUUGGUAUUAAUUUAGACAGAUUAAAAAAAGAAGGGACCAGGCUAGGUGCUUAUGCAGCACAAUCCGGCAAAACCACAUGGUUGAGUAGCGAUAAUACAGAUAAUUGA